AUGCGCUCUACUACAGUGUGGCGAUCAUGGAGCCUCCUCCAGAGAGCAUCCGUCAGGUGCACCGCGAGUCGCCGAGCCAUUCAGACUGCAAGCAAACCCCGCAUCCCCAACUUCGCUUUUGCCUUCGACAUUGAUGGCGUCCUCCUCCGAGCCUCGAAACCUAUUCCCGGUGCAGCCGAGUCAUUAGGCCUCUUGAAAGAACAAGGCAUUCCCUUCAUCCUCCUCACCAACGGCGGUGGUAAGCACGAGACGGAACGCGUCGCAGAGAUUAGCGAGAAGUUGAACGUACCACUGGACCCGACACACAUCAUCCAGAGCCACUCCCCUUUUGCAGAACUGGUCAAAGGUACGGACGAGGCUAGUGCGUUGGAACACAAGUGCGUGUUGGUAGUGGGAGGUGAUGGCGAUCGCUGUCGUCGCGUCGCGGAACAAUAUGGGUUUAAGAAUGUCGUGACGCCAGCAGAUAUAUUCAUGGCCGAUCCAUCCAUUUGGCCCUUUUCGAAGAACUUUACAGAUUAUUACAAGACCUUCGCGCGGCCUCUUCCUAAGCCAAUGGACCCCACUGACCCGUCAAAGGGCCUCAAGAUUGAUGCCAUCUUUGUGUACAAUGAUCCUCGGGACUGGGCUCUGGACACCCAGGUGAUCAUGGAUAUUUUGCUUUCCUCAAACGGGCUCAUGGGUACUUUGUCGGAGAAGAACGGCAGGACCGACCUUCCCAACCACGGGUAUCAACAAGAUGGACAACCACACCUUUACUUCUCUAAUCCCGAUCUUUGGUGGGCAGCCGCCUAUCACCUGCCUCGUCUUGGCCAAGGAGGCUUCCGAGAGGCACUCGAAGGUGUCUGGGCUGCGACGACAGGUGGCCCCAGCAAAGGUAUUGAGCUGAAGAAGACCGUGAUCGGCAAGCCUCACCAGCCAACCUAUGAGUUUGCCGAGCGGCAGCUACUUCGGAACCGUGCCACAACUUUCAGUGGCGCAACAGACCUUCCGCCUCUGCAACGAGUCUACAUGGUCGGAGAUAACCCCGAGUCAGAUAUUCGGGGUGCAAACUCCUACCGCAGUGAGGUUGGUAGCAGCUGGCAGUCCAUCUUGGUGCGUACUGGUGUCUAUAGUGGCGGCGAGCCCGCCUGGACUCCGCAACUCAUUGCGGAUGAUGUUCAGAAGGCAGUGCGGUGGGCGCUCAAGGCUUCCAAGUGGACUUAG